CGCAAACUGAAUCGUUGCCUAAUAAUUAACUAUAGCGUUUGAUUGAUAUAAAUGGAUUAUCUUGUGCUUUGUGUUUGCUUUACACUUCAUUUCCUUCAAGUUAGUGCCGACGGCUGUACUUGGGGGGAAUAUGACGACUGUCCGGCUUGGAGCACCUGCACAGCAAGUUGUGGAGGAGGAACUAAGUCAAGAACGUGUGAGUCUUGUUUUUGGAGAAUAGACAAGGCUUUCACUGAACGAUGCAACGAGUUAUGUUACCAUGGAAACACAUAUUCUGGCGGGAGAUGUCAUUGUUCCAGCUGGCGAGAUGGAACUUGUUGUGAAGGCUGCAGGACAAACUUUAUCGUAAACUGUCCAACCUCUCAGCACCAAUGCAGUGGAAAUCCAGAUGGUAUCCGCUGUCUUCGAUGUGACGACCCGUACUAUAGUGAAGGUUAUAACGGAGGAUGUUCUGCAUGUCCCGCUAUCACCAAUUGUAAGGGCAGAAGCUGCACAUCAGCCUCCAACGUCAUCUGUAAAGAGUGUAACGAUGACAAUGUCUUCUUCAAGCGUUACAACAUAGACAAGGAGUGUCAACGGAUGUGUUCCUGGGACAACCACUUUUGUUGGCCUGGCAGCUGCAGCACAAAUGGUCUAACCAAGGACUGCACGUGCGCAACGGGGUUUAGGAAGAUUUUAAAUUCUGGGGAAACUUCUUGUCAACCAACCAAGAAACCAUCUAUAAUAACUUGUGAUACAGUUGCAAUCGGUCAGAACGGUGAAAAGAAGAGGGCAAUGUCAUCAAAUCUUUCAAGUGCGUGUCACCAUUUGCAAGAUAUGUAUGGAAAUUAUCAACCAUCUACACUUCAGUUUGAUUUGAGCACGGAAUACACAAUUGACAUUUCCAGAUACUCGCCGCCUGCAUUUAUUGUCGAACAGGCCUUCGGAAUAACAGAUACAACAGUAUAUAUAAAACGUCAAUCUGUAACAGCUUUGCUCACUACGAUAACAACGGACCGACGGCUUAUCGAUAGAAACUUGAGCCAGUUUGUUAAAAGCACGCAUUACGAUUCACAUAAUCUUACCGUUUCCUCAAUUGCAUACUCACUCACAAAUGGCCAGGCAUUGUGUUUAGAAUACGAAGCUAAUGGUGGUGGUUACUUAAUCGCCAAGGAUAUGAGAACCCACAUUGUUCUAAGCUCUAAGCCUUAUAACAAAACUGCGGAACAACGGACCGUCUGCUAUCGGUACGACAGCCAACCACCUGAACAUUGUUUUGAACUAUCGACAUGUACCAAUGAGCCAAUCCAACUGGACAAACGGAUUACACGAUCUAAUUUCCAUCACGUUGAGUUUAAAGGUUGGUUCGAUCCAGUCCCUCCAGGGGGAGCUUCAUCUACCGCUUCAUCCAUUGAGAGCUACGCGAUUUCGGUUAAUGAGGUUUUGCCAUCAAAGGGGACAAUGAAGGUAGAUUACGAAACCAACGUUUCAAGUAAAAAGGUCAACCACACAAUCAAAAGCAUGGAUCUCAAUCUUUCUUCAGACACACCAAAACUCUAUUGUUUUACACUGGAGGUUAAAGAUGUGGCUGACAAUGUCCGUCAGUGUCGGCGUUUCGUUCUUUACGAUAACUCUUCGUCUAUUCAAAUUUGGAAUCAAAAGCCAUUUAGAUUUACAUCCGCCUCACCUGACACAGACUAUGCAUGGCAAACACAUCACAACGAUGUCUGCGUUAGCUGGAAAGAUUACUUUUACAACGAUUUCUACAUUAAUAAUCCACUUUUAAAUCCUAUUGAGCCCGAUCCGCACGGCAUUAUUAACGGUCCAUACGAGCAAACAGUUGGAGAAAUUCCAGUCUCAGGGACAACAAAUGUAUACGGAGUUAUUGCAUACAAUCUUUCGUGGAGCCAUAAUCAUGGUUCAUUCUCAGGAGAAAUACCUGUUCCCUCGUUCACGAAUCAAUCGUUUUGCAAGGAUUUGCUUGUUAAUGACGGCGAUCUUUAUACAGUGAACGUAAAGGCUAUUGAUAUAGCUGGAAAUACCCUUAGUGGUAACCGAACUGUAUCUAUCGAUCGCUCAGCGCCACUCCUCAACGAUAUUUGGCUUCAGAAAGAUGGAUACAAAAUGCUGUUUGUUCAUUAUAGCACGGACCUGUCAAAGAUAAAACUGGCGUUCGAUGCAUUUGACAAGCACAGUGGGAUUUGCUGUGUAGCUUGGACAUUUGGUUAUGCAAAAGAUGACACAAAACUUUUAUCAGGGCAAAUUGGGGUUCAAAAGGAAAUGUGUGAUAUCGAGUACGAUAGCACUUGCUAUUGUCCGCAGGUUGGGCACUGUGAAGUCUCCAAGUACAACAUCGACCUAUUCGAAAGCAUAAAUGAUAAUAUGAUCAUCGGUGUACAGAAUGAAGAAUACUUCUUCAAUAUAUCGGUCAAGAACAAUGCAGGCUUGAUGAGUGAAAAACGUAUAACCAUACUUGUAGACGAAACUCCGCCACAAGUGGGCAAUGUAUCCAUAGAACAAUCGCAAUUCAAUGAUACUAAUGGUACACAACGAUACAUAGUUGCCGUUUGGCAAGGAUUUUCUGAUCCGGAGAGUGGAAUUAGAUCCUACCGUGUAGGUGUAAAUACGCGAUGUUUGAUGAAAGACGAAAUGUACACGACAGAAUCGUUGUUUGUGGAGCUUUCAUUUAACAAAUUUUCAACAGAGAUAUAUGACAAUUCCACUUGCACAACUUAUAUUACUGUCGUUGCAAUAAACAACGCUAUGCAGCCCUCGUCAACAUUAUGUAUCGAAGGAAUAACUAAGCCUGUUGGAGACAAUUGUAAAGCAUCUAUGCAUAAAGAAGAUAAUACGGUGUUGGCAGUUUCGCUUUCUACCUCCGGAGCUAUAGUUGUUAUUCUUUGUGUGGCUGUUGUUGUCUAUAUUGUGAUCAAAAGGCGGCGAUCCAAUGCUAAGCCAAAGACAAAGGAUAGUCGUGUAUUUUAUCAUAAAGAUAAUGUUUACAUCGAGUGGACUGAGCAAGAAAAUGCUAGUGCUCACUCGCCGUAUAGUGAUAUAAGCAAAAGCUGUGAGGAGAACCCCUACGACUCAGUCUCAGGUGAAAUUGGAAUGAACAGACUUUCCUCCGUGGAUAAUGCAACAUACAUGAACCUUCAACUCAAACCGUCGUAAUUUUUCGAAUGCUCCACUUUGGGUUUCUAAUAUUUGUUUUUAAUUUCAGUUAAACCGAUUAUUAUUUUGGAUAUACGUUCAACUUUUUAUUUGGUGGUACCUCUGAUACAAAAUGAAAAUAGAAAUAAGGCGUAAAAUGUAAAAUUUCGGUUUGUUUCAAGUUAAA